UUUGCCAUGGCUUGUCAUAUAGUCUCGGUUUUGAAAUUAUAGUAAAUUUUUGUUCCGUUUUUCUUUACUCUGAUCAAAUCGGAAUGUUUCCACAACAUUUGAAAGCCUUCUUCCUAAUCAGCCGCUAUGGUUUUCAGAAAUUCAAUGCCCAAUUCCGGAAAUUCAUUGCUGCCGGCUUUAGCAACAGGUUUUCCCUAAGAGUGGCAACCCUCCUGCCGCUUGCAAUCCUCCGAACCGUUGAUUGUAGUCAAAAAGAUGGUCAGGAAGGGAAGAAGCCAGGCCGCAAACGAACCAUGAGCAAGGUUAAGUAUGAAAUGUGUCUAGAGGGUAAGGCGCAAGUCUACCUCAACGCCAUGAAGACGCGAUGGGAGCAGCUGCACAAGAUUCCUGGACUGUUUUCCUACCAAUUGCAGAAAGCGCCCCAAAGACGAACGAUACCAGGAAACUGGGGCUUCUAUACAGAGCUCAAUGCAGACCGUUCCCUCAAGCGCCGCCGUCCACAAACCAUUGAGAACCUCAAUCCCACUUUCAAGCCAAAAAUGUUCAACUUCAACAAAGUUGACGCUAAAGAGGUGAUAAUGACCAUUAAUGAUGCCCAUGGCAGUCCUGAAGUACAGAUGAUUAUCAAUAAGAGCCCCCUUACAAAAUAUCAUACUCUGAUCUGCCCAGAAGUGGAAAAAAACCAUGUUCAACGGAUAACCCGUGAGGCGCUCGAGUUUUGCAUCACCUUCAUGAGAAGUAUCAAUGACAAGGACAUGCGCAUAGGCUAUAAUAGCCCUGGUGCAUUGGCCUCUGUGAAUCACCUUCAUUUUCACCUAAUUCAUUUGCCUCAUGACCUGUAUAUUGAUCAGGCCCCUUUAGAUGACCUGGUCGGCGGUUAUGUCUACCGUUUGAGCCGCAGAGCGCCUACAGAGGGUAUUUGUAUUCUUUUCAAGGAAAGUGAUAACGAAGAGCAGGUCACGGAGAAGGUGGACCAAAUCUACAAGCUUGCCAAUUGGAUGUGCCAGAAUAAUAUGCCACACAACCUGUUUAUCACGCAAGAUCGGAAACCCAACAAGAAUGGCAACGUUAAUGUAUUCGUUUUUUCCCGUUCCGAAUACUGCGUUAAUAAAGAUUUGACCGACUUCAAUGUCGGAUUUUGUGAAUUGGCUGGUUACAUUCCGCUACCAGAUGCCAAUAAAAUGGAAAAUCUAACAGAACUGCAAGUUCUCUUCAGGAUCCGAACUGUCACUGGCGAUGCUCCAAAAGCUGUGUACGAGGAAAUAACGAAUAUUGUCGAAGGACGAGAUCAUUCAUUUUGGGAACAAUUUUUGACGAUAUAAAACAAGUUAAAUAAACUACCAGAGGCUUCUUUCUAAACUAA